AAGAGCUGUAAUCCGGUUUAUGUUCAGUACACUGCAGGUGCUUUAUAAACGUGCCUACUCUACUUACGCCACAAAAAUGUCCCGAAUCGAGCUUGGCCACACUGCAGAUUAUCAUGUGCAUCUUAGACAGGGAGAGAUGAUGGAACUUGUUGCUCCAACUGUCAGAGAAGGUGGCGUAUCUAUUGCAUACAUUAUGCCGAACUUGACUCCACCUCUGACAGACAUUGAUAGAGUUGUCCAAUACCAAAAGGACUUGCAGAAAUUGGCCCCAAAGACCACUUUUUUGAUGACUUUUUACCUUUCCAAGUUGCUAACUCCUGAGAUUGUCGCAAAGGCUGCAGAUGAAAAUGUUAUCCGUGGUAUUAAGUGCUAUCCAGCGGGUGUCACGACCAACUCCCAGGCUGGUGUUGAUCCUAACGAUUUCUCUGCCUUCUAUCCGAUUUUCGAGGUGAUGCAGGAAAAAGGACUAGUGUUGAAUCUUCAUGGUGAAAAACCUUCUUCACAUGAUAGUGGGGAGGACAUCCAUGUGCUCAACGCAGAACUUAAGUUCUUGCCUGCCCUUGCAAAACUCCACAAAGAUUUUCCAGAACUGAAGAUCGUGCUUGAACAUUGUACCUCAAAGGCUGCCGUAGAUGCGAUCCACGAACUCAACAAAGAUCUUAAACCAAACGAAGAACCAAAAGUGGUUGCCUCUUUGACUGCACAUCACCUGUUCCUAACCAUUGACGAUUGGGCGGGAAACCCAGUCAACUUCUGUAAGCCCGUUGCGAAAUUGCCAGAAGAUAGACGUGCACUUUUGAAUGCUGCUGUCUCCGGUAAGCCUUACUUUUUCUUUGGAUCGGACUCGGCGCCACAUGACCUUUCCAAGAAGUCUACUCAUGUAGGUGUAUGUGCCGGUGUCUACACCCAAAGAUAUGCCAUUGGAUAUGUUGCUGAAAUUUUUGACAAGGCGGGUAAGCUUGACAAGCUGAAGGAUUUCGUUUCAACCUUUGGAAACACAUUCUACUGUAUGGAUGAAUCUAAACUCGUUUGUAAGGACAAAUGUGUUUUGGUCAAGAAAGAGGUCGAGAUUCCUGAUGUUAUCGCAUUUGAUGAUUCAAAGUUGAAGAUUGCUCCUUUCAAGCCCGUCGAAAAACUUUCGUGGUCAACAGAAUGGAUAUAAUGUCGUAAGAUGUUAGUGCAACUCCUUAUUAUUUAUUAUUCUAAUUUACUUUCUUUCUAUGUAUGUUUUUCCUGAACAGAUUACUUUAUACUUAACAUUAUCAAGGAAUAGGUUGUUAUACAUUUCCUAGUAGAAUCAUGAACUUUAAGUUGGAAUCCUGACCCUCGGCAAAAGUUCCAUCUUCGUUGAAGACACACAUGUUAUUACUUUUCCAACCCCAACUCUGGGACUUGCUGAAAUCGUUUGGAACAGACAAAAAGGAGGUUAUCGUAGGCAUGGCCCGGCGAGAAGGUGUAAA